AUGAAUGGAAAUAGUCUGUUAGAGCGUAUUCAAGGCCGAGUUCAACAUUACGACUGGGGAAAAGAAGAGCCGUGUGUAGUCUCUUCUUUGCAUCCGACUGAAGUGUCUCCAUUUGCAGAGAUUUGGUAUGGUUCACAUCCCCGUUUACCAUCAUUAAUUUACAAUACACAUAACCCUAUUCCGGCAAACCUUCCAUUUCUUCUCAAAUUCCUUUCAAUUCAAGAUCCUUUAUCACUCCAGAUCCACCCCGAUACAGAAACGGCUAAAAUGUUAUUUGAAAGGGAUAAAACUCAUUACGCCGAUCCAAACGCAAAACCGGAGAUUUGUAUCCCACUCACUCAUUUUCAAUGUUUUCUGGGAUUUGUCGAUAAUAACAUUUUAAAACAACAAAUGACCGAAAAUCCUCCACUCAAAAAAGUGUUGAUGUUUCAUGAGAACGAUGAGGCGAGAGAUCUGUUGGUUAGGGCCCAUAUGCUAAGUAAAGACCAAAUCUCAAUCUUCAUUAAUGAAAUGAAAAUCCACAUCAAAAAUCUGGAGAGGCAAAAAGUCAUCCUCUCAAAUCAUCAAAAACUCUUUGAAAGAUUGGUGACUAAAUUCGGGGAAGAUGUCGGAAUCAUCGCUUCAUUUCUACUGAGAUAUGAAAUCUUCGAACCGUAUCACGCGUUUUUCAUUCCACCAAAUUAUCCACAUGGGUAUAUAUCAGGGGAGUGUGUAGAAGCAAUGACGUCGAGUGAUAAUGUCAUCCGUUUUGGGUUAACAAAGAAAUUCUGUGAUUUAGAGGCACUCAAGUUCAUCCCACAUGAGACAUGUAACAAAAUAUCUGAAGUAGAAAAGGAAGUGGUCAAUGUUAGAAGCGAGAGUCAACAAGCCGCUCAGUCUAUUCGUUAUAUAAACCCAACAAAAUACUUAUCGUCAUUCGUUGCAACUAUAUAUCAUAUCAAUCAAGGGUUCACUGUCGAUGUCACACUACUCAAAGUUGGGUUGUUAGUGCUAUUUAAAGGAAAGGCAACAAUAGAUGGAGGAGAUUAUGAUAUUGGAGCAUCCUUUUAUGUGAAAGGCCGCACUACAGUUAAAAUAACGGCCAUAGAAAAUGCGUCCGUCGUACUUUUGUCAUAG